AUGAGGGUCAUGGAGAAAGUUACGGACCGCAUGGCUGACAUCCACGUGCAUGUGGAAGGUCAAGUCGAUGCCCUGGAAGAGUAUGGGGAAUAUGUUGAUGCCACCGACAAGGCUGUUUGCUGUUAUGUACCCGUUGACGAAGGGCAUAAGGUGAGGGUAUUCGGCAGGUUCAACGGCACAACCAUGGUCAUUGCAUACGAUGUCAUCGUAGAUGGCAUUCUCCGCAAGGCUUCUUCCUACACCGCCAAGAGCGUCUAUUUCCAGAAGCACAAAAAGCUUGACGCGGAAAAGUUUCUCUACAAAUCUGGCAAGGACGUCAUCGAUACGGAUAUGCUUGUUGCUCCGAUCUCAGGGGUGACCGCGAUUUCAGUAGAAGGCAAGGAGACCGUCGGCACUAUGGAGCUGCGGCUCUAUGUGACUCGGCAACUAGGUGUAACUCAUGCUCCCGUUAGGUACGAGAAGUAUGACCGCAUCAGUGAGAACUCCGAAGACGACGAGGUGCCCAAAUAUGCUACCUACAAGCUGAUUGCCCCUACAUACCAGAUGGAUUUCGAGAAGAACGCAGCACCACUCGAGGAUGGGGAGCUGAAACGAGAGCACCGGAAGAUGAAUACGAAGCGCCCAGGCACCGAACCAUGGGCAAUCUUUCGCUUUCACUACCGAAGCAAAGGUAACACCUUACUUUUUGUUCGAUACGCCACAGCUAACAUGCAUACAGACACGAUCAUUGAACACAAGCUGGGUCGGACAUACGACCCCAGGAGCAAGGACAAACCAGAGCCCUAUACCCUGAAUCUCGAGCCGGUCCCUCCGCUAUCCGUCGGCAUAAAGCCACAGAAGGAUGACGGGACUAGCUCAACGCACACGUCUUCACCAGCCCCUGACGUACCACUUACCCCAACAAAUGCUCCGCAGAAAGGUCCAGUCGCAAAGUCUCCUACACUUCUCAAGAAACAACUGCUCAAACCUACGACAACACCACCUACAACACCCAAGAUGGCUUCUUCGACUACGAAGAAAGACUCUACCAAGACUCCCGAUACGACUCUUGAUCCUGAAGUACGGGGUGAGGUCAACGAAGAUGUUCUCAAUCGUGUGUUCACCAAGACCUCGCCAGCACCACACUCUCCUGAGACCUCCUUCACGCCUAUCAACAAGGCUGCCGCAACUGGAGACAAUACCAGCGUUGCCUCGGCUACCUCUGUUGAUGGCGAGGUCGAUAAGGCCGCCUCCGCCUCCAAGAACAACAUGGUUAACAGCGGCACAAAAGAUACGGGCGGCAGCGAUGUAGUCAAGAAUGCCGCUGGAAAGUCCUCUGACAAGGCCAUUGACAAGCCUAUCAAAAGGGGCAAGACUAUCGUGAAGGAGCCCGCUGAGAAGCCUGUCGAACAGGAAGAGAUGGCUGCCAAAGAAGUCGCUAAGAAGCCCGCAACGAAGGAGGACCCGGUCACCAGUGACACAAUCGCCGUCAUUGGACCCAAGCGAAAGACCACCUCCACCAAGGAAGGUGGUACCGCAAAACCCGCCGGCCUCCCUCAAAAGGUCGCAAAACCUGCCAACGGCAACGCCAAGAAGCCAGCCAGCUCAGUCAAGACAGCAGGCAAAAAGGAGCCGCAGGUCGUUAUCCCGCCCAAGAAGUCUCCCGUCGUGCCAGUGAACACUGUCCCCACAUCCCCGUCGACGCCCAAGAGGCCCGCUCCCGAGGCACCCGUCACACCGGAGGAUCAAGUUCAUGUCGGUCUCAUUGAUGGCUCCAAAUCCCACAGCAAGCGCCCCAAAUUUACUCCCAGCCCACUCACCCCGACCUCAACUACGAUCGUGCCGCGUAUCCCUUCAGGCACCUCUAGCCCACGCCUCAUGAGCGUUGAGCGCAAGGUCGCCGAACAGCGCAAGAAGCUCGAAGCUAUACGUCAGAUGCGUCUCGAGACGGCCAAGAAGCAGGAAGUGCUCGACAAGAAGAUGGAGCCUUACAAAAAGCGCAUGGAAGAGGAGCUGGAGCGUCUCAACAGGGAGAUGAUGGAGGAAGAGGCUGCGGCUGCUGAGGAUGAGGAGCACUUCAAGGCGAGUGAGGAGAUGCUGAAGGAGUUUGAGACGGUGGAGUAUGACUUGGGUUGUGUGUUUGGAGAAGAACAGGCGAGAAAAGGUGGUUUUUAG